CGCGACCUUCAUAGUCAGUUCCAUGAUGGCUGAAGAUCCUGGAGGAGCUUUCUUUAAUUUCACCCUCAUUUUUUUCGUUUUUUCGUUACCUCUGCUGGAAAGAUGGCAGGGCACACAGCCUCGAUAAACGGCCAUAGACCCCCGCUGUCGUCAUGCCCAAGAAAGGGAACCGAAAACGGCUGAAAUUUAGAGCCGAGGAUGUUUGCUCGGAGUCAGUAACUGUGGCUGACUAUGCCAACGCCGAUCCCGCUAUCGUAAAGUCGGGAAGAGUUAAAAAGGCUGUUGUUAAUGCAAUUGAAAAAGAAGCAAAAUUACUCUGUGGGCUUGAGGCAUCCCAGGGUCCUGUGCAGGAAGUGCUCUCCUCUGCAGCUGGUGUGAGUAAUGCAGCCCGUGAGAGCAGUGAUGAACUGGACUCGGAGGAAGGGGAUGAAAUCAAAGGGUCCCUCAAAAAGAAAAACAAAAGACGCAAAGAAAACAGUGAGAGCAUAGAUGGAGAGGAGUAUCCCAUUGAUAUUUGGCUUCUGCUUGCUGCAUACAUUCGGCCAGAAGACGUCUGCAGAUUCUCUUUGAUCUGCAAGAACGCUUGGACUGCCACGUGCACAGCUGUAUUUUGGACACGACUCUACAAAAGGCACUAUAAUCUUGAUGCAGACCUCCCCGAUCGCCUUCAACCUGAUUCUAUUGCAAAGAUGCGUUGUCUUCGUGCGCGUGUUAUUCGCUCGCUUUUUCACUUAUAUGAGCCCUUUAGCUUGUGGGUGUCGAAAAAUCCUCUUCUGCCUGAAUCUACACCUACCACACUGCUCAAUUCCAAGUGUUUGCUGUUUUGGGUCAACAAAGUGUCUGGAAGUAGGUCAGAGCCGAUGUGGGAGUUCAACUUCAAGUUUGUGAAACUGCCAACCAAGGGCAAAAACGGAUGUGGUAUGAGUCUUCAGCUGCCCAAGCAGUAUAAAGAUGUUCACACUAAUCCAGACUCGGACUGUUAUCUGCUGCGGGUCACUACCCUUAAUUUCAUUUUCACUUCUGUUGUGAUGGGCAUGACGUUAACUUCGUUCACCAUUAAUGUGAGCACGGACAUGAGGCACCACCGAGUACGCCUGGAUUUCCAGGAUUCACCAGUCAUUCGAGGGAAGAAGUUUAGGGGUGAACAAGGGGUGCAGGUAGUGCUGGACCCUGUCCACAGCGUGCGCCUCAUGGACUGGUGGCACCCACAGUACCCCACAUCCUCAUAUAAUUAGACUGAACUCCAAUCUUCUCACAAAAACAUUGCAGAAGACAGUUGAGACCUGUUUCAACCAACCCUAAAGCCCUGGCUUUGCAGGUUUUUUAUUUUCUGCUGAAUUUUACCCGUUUCACUUAGUAUGCUGCAUUUUAUAGUGUGCUGAUCUGUUGUCCAAACUGAAAAUGUAUAUGGCAAUUGGGUACUUGCCAUAUUUAAUUUGAUAAAAAAUAAAAACAAAGUGGCUGCACGAUAGAAGUACACAAGUUAGAAGGCAAUUCAAUGUCAUGAUGCCAUUGUCCACCUAUUUUUUUCCCCCUGGAUCUGAAAAAUCAGCAUCGAGUUAUAACACUUACAUAGUAGGGUUUGCGUGACUCUAAUCUUGAAUAAUGUUAAUAGUCAGUUGUUGACUUGGAUGACCAUUUAAUCGAUCAAAAAGUAAUAAAACAAACAAAUUCUGUAUCUGUUAAGGCUCUAGAGAGGUGUAAUGUGUAACCCAUUUUGAAUACCUUUUAGCUUUGUGUUAGGUUUAGGGACAAAAGCUAAGAUUUGAUGUAUUCUGUGCUUUCUGUGGAGGCCAUUCUGAGUUCUGCUUUGCUACUGUGCAUGUUUGCCUAGUUAAAUCACAUCUAAUUGAUGGCAAGAGGGUGUUUCUAGGUGUUGUAGAUAUUAAAGUGUCUUUGGUUAAGACAAUGUUAUUGUUUGCGAUCAAGAGACGUUAUUAAAUCUAUAGAUACAAUCCAAAGUCAAUGUUUAGUUCCUUAUUGCAAUCAAAUCCAGAAGUUGUGCUUUUGAGAAGUUAAUUCUAUGUUUCCUUUUAUUUUGAAGUUUGCCUUUUGUUUUAGGAAAACGAAGGCACUGAUGUUUCAUUUUAUUAAUAUAGGCCAUAAUCAGUGUGUGGUGUUUUUAUUUUUUAUUACUGGUUCUUUCCUGUAUGGGAAAGAAUAGGAUCAAUACUGACACCCUGUGGGCCAAUCUUAAACAGCUGAAUCCAACCACUAAAAAUCUGCAAAUGCAAUUGAUUUUUAUUAUUAUUUUUUAUUUCAGGUUAUGUAGAUUGUCUUUGGUUGUAAUGCCACUGAGCUUAUUUAUUAAAAAUACACCUGUAUGAUUAUAUACUUAUUGGAAUAAAGAACAGCAUUGCAUAAUAGGAAUACUUAACCACAGAGUAUUGUGACUGACCAAUCAGUGUUCAAGAGAUCUGUGCAAUUGUUGAGAUAAAACAGGUGCAGCUCAAUAAAUUUGAAUAUUGUGGAAAAGUUAAUUUAUUUCAUUAAUUCAACUCAAAUUGUUAAACUUGUGUAUUAAAUAAAUUCAAUUCACACAGAC